CAUCUAGUGUGCACACUGCACAUUUGUCAUCUGCGUGCCGUCGUGAACCACUCCCGGGUGUGUGCGCGCGCGGUGUUACCCGUGUUUUCGCGAUCCUCGUUAAAACAAACGGAGCGACCAUGGCUGUCAACGUGUACGCGACAAACAUGACAUCCGACAAUCUCAGUCGCCACGACAUGCUCGCGUGGGUGAACGACUGCCUGCAAUCGUCGUUCACCAAGAUCGAGGAGCUGUGCACCGGCGCGGUCUACUGUCAGUUCAUGGACAUGCUCUUCCCGGGCAGUGUACCCCUGAAGAGGGUCAAGUUCAAGACCAAUCUGGAGCACGAGUAUAUACAGAAUUUCAAAAUUCUCCAGGGUGGCUUCAAAAAGAUGAACGUGGACAAGAUUGUGCCAAUUGAUAGGCUGGUGAAGGGCAGGUUCCAAGACAACUUUGAGUUUUUGCAAUGGUUCAAGAAAUUCUUUGAUGCGAACUACUCGGGAGCGGAGCCGUACGACGCGCUCACUAUGCGAGGAGGCGAGUCUAUGGGUAGUGGCGGAAAUAACGCACCACGCGGCGGUACUCACGCGAAACGUGCCUCACCACGUGAAAUAAGUUCGACUAAACCGGCUCCUCGUACUACUGGUGAGGGACCGCCAUCUACCAUGCGUGCAGAUAGUACAAACAGUUUAGUAAAUAAAGUUCAGCAGCCGUACCGUGCACCACCCAAAACCACAGUCGGCAACCGUGGCGAUAACGGGAAAAUUGAAGAACUUAGUGCACAGUUGGUUGAACUGAAAAUGUCAGUGGAAGGUCUGGAAAAGGAGAGAGAUUUCUAUUUCGGAAAAUUGCGCGACAUAGAAGUCAUGUGCCAAGAUUGCGACAACAGCGGCGAUCCUCCACCUAUUAUACAGAAAAUUUUAGAAGUCCUUUAUGCAACAGAGGACGGUUUUGCACCACCCGAGGAAUUGGAAGGUGACGGACUUGCGCCCGACGACGAGGAGGAAUAUUAACCUUUUUUAUUUACGAAUAUAAUCGAAAUGAACAACAGCAAAUUAUCCAAGUGCGUUUCAGUUUACCAUGCCUGUGAGCCAGUAUCAUUACCCCCAUGCAUAAUUAUUAUUAUAUAUAAGCUAUUUUACACGAGCAAAUUCGACAGUUUUAGCGCGGAUUGUGCAUACGUUUUUUUUUUUGUUAAAUAAAGUUCACCAAAAUCAUUAAGACUCGCACAUUAGAAUAGACUUAAGUUGAGUAGUGCACUUGAAUAACUUGUUCUUUAUUGGCCGUUGACGAAAGAGGAAGAUAAAUGGGAGAAAAUUAGAGGAAGGAAAUUCAACUAGUAAUCUAUCGCAAACUAUUACAAUUCCUUAUAGCGUUAAAAAUGGUAGAGUUCCGAAGAUCAAUGGCUCUUGAAUUGCCUCAGAAAAAAUUUAUGGAUACCGAUACCUAUUGAUGUUAUCUGCAUCCGUACUGUUGCGUAGCGACUUCCGUUAACUACACCUUUUUUUAAUGCGUGAGUGUUCUGUUUGUAACUGUAUUAAGUUUGUAUCGAUAUUGAAUCACGAAGCCCCCCCUCCCCCUGCGCCGAUCAUUUUGUCUUCUGAAAUCUAUAGUCAUUUAAAAAGCAUUAAUCCUACUGAGAAGCUUAAACGACAGCUGCUCAAUUUGCUCCACUCGUUUUCCAUGUGCAAUAUACCCGAUACACUUGUCAAUGGUUUCGUGUGAAGCAGUAGAUCUUCAUUGUCAGCGAGAUAAUUUCGAUAAAUUUUCGAUACACUUUCGACGAUGUUAAUAAUAAUUAAAAUAAAAAAAUUCAAUUCCGCUUUUGACAUUCUAUCUACGUCUUACCAACAUAGAAGCUACUGCGUAAAUUACUUGUAAUAGGGAACAUAAACACCACACGCAUAGUUCAGGUAUUUUGAUUUCGAUAAAUUAGACAGUGUGUGCGCUUCGUGAAGGCAAGGAGGUUGCGUGACAAAGUGGUACGCUUAUGCACUCGAUUGCUGAAUUAUGAAAGACGUGAAAUACUUGAAGUUAAGAGCUCGUAUUGAAAGAUUCAUCUAUAUUAACGUUUAUCCCGUACAAUUUUAGAAAAGGAACCGAUCGUGUUUGCAUCUCCAUGACAGAGUCUCUCGGAAUGUAAGAAUGGCCUUAAAACGCGAUGGAUUUGAGAUUCCGAUAAAAUACUCAGAAUCGCACGAGUAAAUGCGAAAUGUUUCUUCAGUUAUAUCGUAGCGUCGAUCGUGACACUGCUACAUCUCGUUUUCGUUAAAAAAAUUAAAGAGUUUGUAAAAUCAUACGUUUCGAGAGCAGACGAGUGAGAGGGACAACGAGCGAAAGGGUUACGGCGUUUGCAAACGCUUACGUGUUUAUGACGUGUGUAUGGGUGUGUGUGUGUGUGUGUGUGCUUUCGAUAUCAUUGGUUUCAUUGAUUGUAGAUUGCGUCAUAAUCGAAUUAAUUUAAGCGAAAAGUGUCGAUCAUCGUGAAAUAAUUGUCUAGAAUGUAAUUUACAUUACGUGCUACGUCUUUACUAAGUUCCAGCGAGGAAGAAGGAUACAGUUUGGCUUGCGCUCCAUUUCAUCGCUCUGUAUACGCGCAUGUGUGCUUCAAAAUUUUAAAUUUUAAUGCCGAUAUAAUAAACGUUUAAUAAAAUCGA